AAAAAAAAGAGCAAAGUAGAGCGCCACGUCCACGUCACGCAGAGUCUGAGUGUGCUGUACAUGAGACAGACAGACCCAGAGUCUGUGAGCAGAUUAUUUCUGAAAUUGUGAAGUUUAAAAAGUUCUUGUAAGGCGAUAAGGAGAAGCGAAGGAGAAGUGCAAGUUCAGAGGAGAGGAAAAGCAGCUCCUGCUAAAGCUCCAAAAAGCCACAAUGAGCAAAGUAGAUGAGCCACAGCAUGAUGAGCCUGCAUACUUAAAGGAUGAACCUCCAGCAGAUACGAAUAAAGACCACCCACAGGCUCAGCCAGGCAUGUUUUCCAGGGUGACAGGAGGUCUCUUCAGUGUCACCAAGGGGGCUGUUGGGGCCACUGUUGGUGGGGUGGCCUGGAUUGGAGGGAAGAGCUUGGACCUCACUAAGACCGCUGUCACCUCUGUUGCUGCUGUUCCUGGCAUGGGAAUAGGAUUGGUGAAAGGGGGCGUGUCCGCAGUGGCCGGUGGAGUAACUGCAGUUGGCUCAGCAGUUGCUAAUAAAGUUCCCAUCGGAGGGGCCAAGAAGAAGGACAAGUCUGAUUGAAAUGUCUGAAUUGUUGGGGGAGAUGCUGUCAUCAGUGACUUUAUUAUAUGACUGCUCAGUGGGAUGAUGGUUGGUUUGAUAUUCUGCAAAAUGAUUUGUUGGAAUCAGAUCUAUCUGCUAGAUCUGUUCUAUGAAUGAGCGACUUCAGUGUACUAGGAGCUUCCAUCUUCCAUGCUUCUCAAAAGAGGGUGUUUUUGUGUCCUAAGUUGUAUGUUUUGGAACAUGACAAGGUAUGAAUGUUGUGAUCCCAGUAAGGGCAAACUGUUUUAAUUUUUCAAGUAUUAGUUGUGGAGACUUGGGUGUUUAGUGAGGGAUCACUGUAACAUUUUCAUGUUUCACUAAGCCACAUUGUACCGGGUUUUGUGUCUUUGACCAUAAACUAGGGAACACACACAUAUCUUUGUACCAGAGCCUUAGGGAAAAUUAGUACCAUGAACCAUAAGUUGAAUUAAGACAGAAAUCACUUGGGUAUCCCUCAGUGUACUGCAGGAGAAAAUUUGAGACUGUGGUGGGUUGAUGGUAAUGCUUCAUGCCUCUGAUUAAUUCUGUUUGUGAGAUACGGCCUCUGGGGUCUAGGCUGAGCCAUGCCGCUCUCUCAGACAGCUUUGCUCAUCAGUCUCUCUCUUUUCAACCUGCAAUACAGAGAAGCCCUGAACCUCCAGCCACAAACUAAUGUGUUUACUGCGCACCACAACAACAGCUAAGGAGUUAUUCAUGUGAAAAUCUGAAUGCUGUAGCAAACAUUCCUAAGCAAAACAGUUUGUAAUAUUAUUCCGUGAAAUAGCUGUUUAGGUUAGAUUAUAAUGUCCAUUAAAUAGUGGGCCAUUUUUCUACUCUAGCCUUGCAGUGAAGAUUGUCUAUAAAGACCAAUUUGUUUGACUAUACAUGUUUUAUUUAUCCUACGGAAUUUUUUUCCAGUGUCAUUCAAAUUUUGUCUCCAUUUCAUAAACAGAAGCAUUUUCCCAGGCCAAUACUGCAUUACAUUUUUAUAUUCUGAUAAAGUAUAAAUGAACAGAGACAGUAUUUUCUCUAUGAUGUGUUCAAAAUCUUUAUUUUCCUACAACCAAAGAAUGCAAAAUUUUCAUUCAGUAUAGGUCUUCUCUGUAAUACGCAAUAUGUUUUCUUUCCUUUCUGUGUUUUUUUUUUUUUUUUUAGAUUUUAUCAAUGUAAGUGUAUUCAUUUUACACACAAAUAUGUAAGUCUGUGCUUGAAUAUAUAAUGUGAAUUAAAUAAAGAAAUAGGAUUCAACAUUG